AUGUUGACGACGAAAACCUUUUUAAGGAAGACCAAACGCGGCAAUAUUCUGAAGAUUGUCCGGGAACACUACCUUCGAGAUGACAUCUGGUGUGGCUCGUCGCUGUGCAAAAAUUGUUCUUUGAAAGAAAAAGAUAAGGUUCUUGAUAAGGAAGUCAUCAGCAACGUGAGCAGUGUGUUCUCAUUUCCCCAUUACUUGGUGCUGGACACCAAUGUUGUUUUGCAUCAGAUUGAUGUUUUAGAAGAGGAUGUUUUAGAAAAUGUUAUCAUCCUUCAAACAGUCCUUGAGGAAGUGAAACAUCGUAGCUCUCCAGUCUACCGUCGCCUAAAAGAUAUAAUAGAAAACCCAAAUAGAAAAUUCUAUAUUUUUGUUAAUGAACAUCAUAAAGAUACAUAUGUCGAAAGAAAGCCAGGAGAGACAGCCAAUGACAGGAAUGAUCGAGCUAUUCGAGUUGCUACCUCUUGGUAUGCGACUCAUCUAUCUGGAAGUCAACCGAAGGCUAAAAAUAAACAUGUUAGUAUGGUAUUGCUUACUGAUGAUGCAGACAACUGUCAAAAAGCCAAAGCAGAGGGUCUCAUAGCUUCCACAGUUUAUGAUUAUGUAAAAUCAUUGCAAGAUGCCCCUACCUUGUUGGACAAACUGUCAAAAAAGGAUGGUGUAUUUGAGGGGGGUUCAAAAGAACCCCUAUUUCCUCUUCAUCUAUCUCCCAAAGAAAUCCAGGAUGGACUUAAAGCAGGGAAACUUCAUCAGGGAACAUUCCUUGCCUCUAGAGAGAACUUUUUGGAAGGGUCAGUAAAUGUUGAAGGUUUUGAAAAGUUUAUCCUUGUCCAAGGUCAUGCUGGCUUGAACAGGGCAGUGGAUGGGGACACUGUGGCACUGGAGCUCCUGCCUGAGAGUGACUGGGUUGCUCCUAGUGACAUUGUGCUCGAAGAUUCUGAGGAUGACCCAGGUGAUAUAUUGGAUGAGGAAGUUAAGAUGGAGAAGGAAAAAGCUAAAGCAAAGAAAGUGGAAAGGGAACCUACAGGUCGGGUUGUUGGAAUAAUCAGACGUAAAUGGAGACAGUACUGUGGAAUCCUUUUACCGAGCCAAGAUAAAAAUAGUGUUCGACACUUAUUUGUACCAGCAGAAAGGAAAAUCCCCAAAAUUCGUAUUGAAACAAGACAGGCAGAAAAAUUGAAGAGCCAACGUAUAAUUGUUGCUAUUGAUGCUUGGCCACGAACAUCAAGAUAUCCUUUGGGUCAUUUUGUCAGAGCUCUUGGUAAUGUUGGCGAUAAGGAUACUGAAAAUGAAGUGCUCUUGCUGGAACAUGAUGUUCCUCAUAGCAAAUUCUCCGACCAAGUACUCAGCUUCCUGCCCAAAUUGCCUUGGAUCAUCACAGAGGAGGAUUAUGCAAAGCGUGUGGACCUCAGGGGUCUGACCAUUUGCUCUGUUGACCCGGUUGGCUGUACUGAUAUUGAUGACGCACUGCACUGCAGAGAGCUGGAAAAUGGCAAUUAUGAGGUUGGUGUGCACAUUGCUGACGUUUCCCACUUCAUUCGACCCGGCAAUGCGCUUGACAAAGAAGCUGCCUUACGAGCAACAACCGUCUAUCUGGUGGACAAAAGGAUUGACAUGGUUCCUGAGCUACUUAGUUCAAAUUUGUGUUCCCUGAGAGGCAAUGUGGAACGUUUUGCAUUUUCAUGCAUUUGGGAAAUAACGAAGAAUGCAGAGAUUGUCAAUACAAAAUUUCACAAGAGUGUUAUUUGCUCUAAAGCUGCUCUAACUUAUGGUGAGGCUCAGGCAAAGAUUGAUGACAAAAACCUGAAUGAUGAUGUUGCUAAAUCUCUAAGAGGUUUGAACUCGCUGGCAAAAAUCUUGAAGAAGAGAAGGAUAGAAAAUGGAGCGCUUGUCUUGGCCUCACCAGAAAUCCGAUUCCAAGUGGAUAGUGAGACUCAUGAUCCCAUUGAAGUAGUUGCCAAGAAAAUGUUAGAAACCAAUUCUAUGGUUGAAGAAUUCAUGUUGUUAGCCAAUAUUUCAGUAGCGGAAAAGAUUUUCCAAGAAUUUCCUGAUUGUGCUAUGUUGAGAAGACAUCCCCAGCCACCACCUUCUAAUUUUGAUCCCCUUAUCAAAGCAGGCAAUCUCCAGGGCUUUGAGAUAAAUGUGGAAUCUGGAAAGCAGCUUGCAGAAUCUCUGGACUUGGCAUUAAAACCAGAGAAUCCAUACUUCAAUACUAUGCUGAGAAUCAUGGCCACACGCUGCAUGAUGCAAGCUGUGUAUUUUGCUAGUGGUAUGUUGCAAAAAGAAGAAUUUGCCCAUUAUGGACUGGCCUGUCCUAUUUACACACAUUUCACUUCUCCUAUUCGAAGAUAUGCUGAUAUCAUCGUCCAUCGAUUGCUGGCUGCCUGCAUAGGAGCUGAUUCAACCUAUGCUGACCUUCUAGAUAAACGUAAAAGCCAUUCCCUUUGUCACAAUUUAAAUUACCGCAACCGGAUGGCUCAAUAUGCUGGUAGAGCCUCUGUAAACCUUCAUACUCAUCUUUUCUUCAGAAAUCGAGUUCAAGAUGAGCAAGGAUAUGUCUUGUAUGUUCGUAAGAAUGCACUCCAAGUUCUCAUUCCCAAAUAUGGCUUAGAGGGAACAUUAUAUUUGGCACCGCCAAAGGGGCAGGUGGCUAAAGUAAAUUUUACAUACAAUGAAGAGGAACAAAGCCAAAGCUAUGGAUCCAUUAAGUUCCGUGUAUUUGAUCCAGUGACAGUGCAACUGAGUUUAGACCGAACAAAUGUUCAACAUGAGAAAUUAAUGCUGCUACUUGUAAAGCCGGAGAUUCCAGAUUUUAGUGUUCCCUCUCAGGCUGCGGCUGAUGAAGCUAUGGAUGUUGAUCAAGUUAAGGAUACUGCAGCUCCUUCACAACCUCCCUCAAAACGUCAGAGAAAAUCUAAGUAAAUGUUUUCCAAUUUAUUAUCAUGUAAGGAUUGUAUAAAUUUUAUCCAAAACAAGUAAAGUUACUUAAAUUAACGUUUUUUACCACAG